UUGGCGCUCAUCCACUCAUGGAGAUUGGGCGGAAUUCAAAAUCCACGUGGUCAUUUCCCGCUUCUAUCCACAACCUCUUCUUCGUUACUCUCUACUCGAACUUUUCGCGCAAAAUGUCAGCAUUCCGAGCACAAAGAGGGGGGAACAAACCCUACAGUCGCCCACCUCGAGGUGAUCUUAAUGGACAAUGGCUUCACGACAAGGCCCCUGGAAUGAAAAAUAUGAAUACCGACUCUCGACCUAGGGGACCAUCCGAUAUAGUUGAGCAAAGCAACACCAAGCUCCUUGUCUCAAAUUUGCACUAUGAAGUCACUCCUAAAGACCUUGCCGCCAUCUUUGGACAGAUUGGCACGCUCGUUCGCGAGCCAUUGAUUAGGUACGACCGCAGUGGAAGAUCAACAGGAAACGCCAUCGUGUUUUACGAGACAGCCGCUGAGGCAACCAAAGGCAAGAAAACGUUCGAUGGGGUCCUAGCAAAAGGCCAACCCAUGACAAUCACCUUUGACACGGGCGGACCACGGCAAUCUCGACGAGCUGUCAGCGCACCACACUCAUCGCUGAUCAACAGAAUACAAAAACCACCCCUUGCAGAUCGCCUUUCUUCCGACGACAUACAAGUCAAGGAUUCAGCUGGCCCUGGUCCCACACGCACAAGACCCUCGCGUCGAGGAGGCCGAGGUAUGCCUAGAGGUGGCGCCGCUACUCAACGCUCCGAUCCAAGACCGAAAGCUUCCAAGCAACCCAAAACGGCAGAGGACCUGGAUAAAGAGUUGGAUGCGUUCAUGGGAGACGCAGAGUCUGCACCGAUUGCCGGUGCUUCGGCUGAAGCACAGUCUCUUGUGGCAGAUUCUGCUAUUGGAGCUGUUGGAGAGCAAGAUGUCGAGAUGGCGUAGAGAAUGAAUAACACUAGGCUUAGGAUGAGAUCAAGAGUGGGGGACACUAGUCCGUUUUACUUAUACUAAACUUUCGGCCGAUUAGUAGAUGGUAUACUUUCCUGUGCUUCGCUGUAUUUAUUUCUUCUGUGUAUCUUACCGUCCUAUUUCACCGUACAUUGGUCGUAUAAUCUUUUCGAUCGGCACCCGAGCACGGUGU